AUGAAUACAAAAUACUGGGGAGAACCACGUAGAGAGGAAUACCCCAAUAGAACAAAGAAUAAAUAUAAAUCAAAAACACCCGUAAAAGAGUAUAAAUCCAGAAUCCCAAAUAGGGAACACCCUAAUAAAGAACAGAAAAGGACUCAACAAUGGGAGGUGGUCAAAUAUAAGACUAAGAAAACACCUGAAAAUCUAAGAAUGAAAACAUACCACACACAGAGGGAAAGACAGAGAGAUAAUGAGGAAGAUAGAAAAAGGAAAGAUAUUCGUACAACAAAAAGAUUUGAGCAUCUCGAUAAAUAUUCCAGGAAUGAGGAUUUUUUAGAAACUCAGGCAAAAGGGAGAUACAAACAGAUGGAAGGAGCAUACAAAUCCCCAGGAAAGAGAAUGAGGGCCGUAGAAGAAGGGGAGAUAGAGGAGGAAAAAAUAUACAGAGAAGAAAGGAGAAACAACAAACAAUUCAACAAAGUGGCAUUUUCAACCUCACUGAGAGAACACUCACUAAACGCCAGGUAA